CUCCUUGACUACUCCUUCUUAUCUUCUUGAAUCCGGCUCUCAUCUCCAAAAAGCCAUCUUUUUUGCUUACUUUGUUGAAAGCUUUUAUCAGAAGGGGUUUGUCUCUGAGAAUGUGGAUUGUGAGUAUACUAGUGCUUACACAGCUAGUUCAUGGAGCUCUGUGUUGGGGAGAUGAUGGUCAUUACUCUGUCUGCAAAAUAGCUCAGGGUUAUUUUGAGGAAGAUACAGUAGUUGCAGUGAAGAAACUUCUGCCUGAAUAUGCUGAUGGUGAGCUAGCAGCUGUUUGCUCAUGGCCUGAUGAAAUCAAAAAGCUACCUCAAUGGCGAUGGACUAGUGCUUUGCAUUUUGCUGACACACCUGAUUACAAAUGCAACUAUGAGUAUUCUCGGGACUGCCCUAAAGACUGGUGUGUGACAGGAGCAAUCUUCAAUUACACAAACCAACUAAUGUCUGCCUCUGGAAACUCUCAGAGUAUAGUCCACUAUAACUUGACAGAGGCUCUCAUGUUCUUAUCACAUUAUAUGGGAGAUAUCCAUCAGCCUUUACAUGAAGGCUUUAUUGGAGAUCUAGGUGGUAACAAAAUAAAAGUCCACUGGUACAACCACGAAACUAAUUUGCACCGUGUGUGGGAUGACAUGAUAAUUGAGUCUGCUCUAGUAACAUACUACAAUUCAAGCCUUCCACGCAUGAUUCAAUCCCUUCAAACCAAACUCGAGAACGGCUGGUCAAAUGAUGUUCCUUCGUGGGAGUCAUGUCAACUUAACCAAGCGGCCUGCCCAAAUCCAUAUGCUUCUGAAAGCAUUGAUCUUGCCUGCAAAUAUGCUUACAAGAACGCCACCGCAGGGACUACUUUAGGAGAUUACUAUUUCGUCUCUCGGUUACCCGUUGUAGAGAAGAGGCUUGCACAAGGCGGAAUCCGCUUGGCAGCGACUCUUAACCGAAUAUUUUCUACAAAACCGAAGAUUUCUAGAGCAUGAUCAUGAAGAAAGAUCUAGGAUCUUCAUUUAAACAUUAAGAACAAUCAUUUGGUUAUAACAAAUGUGUAAUGGUAGUUUACGUUGCCAUUGUUCCUGAGUUAGUUAAUUAUAACGUAACUAUGAUAAUUAUGAAACUAAAACUGUCAACAUCUAAAUGCUGGAAUUAAGGGUGGAAAGAAUCAAACUGAACUAAGCCAAACCAAUAUGUUUAUAACCUGAGAAAUAUGAAGUGUAAUUAGCAUAGAAUCUGACUGAUUUUAUCAUAUUUUUAAACCGGAAAAAAACAAAACCUUAUAUGUAUAACUCACUCAAAAACGGUAAACCAUAACCGACACAUCCACAUUUACGUAGAGUAAAAGGAAUAUAUGGCGCAAAACCUAUUAGUGUGCAUCAAAUCCUUGCAAAAGAAAAGCACAAUUUAGCGAACUUACAAAGUUUGAUGACAAUUCACGAAGAUAUUGGUACAAAAUCAUGGUACUAUGGAUCGCACUGAAACCACAUAUCCGGA